GAGUAACAUGUCUUCUUGCAUCCUCCGCGCACAAGAGACGACGGCCGCCGUUGACGACGACGACGACGCCGACCGCGAAGCGUCUCCUCCACCACCUUCACCUGACACGCCACGCAACAUUUACAACAACAACACGAUAUUCUAAACAAACCAACUGUAACUACUACUAUUAGAAGCGCUCCCGAGUCACUCAAACUAAUUUUAAUAACAACAAAAAGAGGAAGUAUAAACAACCGCAUAAAAUAAUAGUAUAGUUCUUAAACAACUAAAUCGAUGUAAAACGUAAAAAAAAAACACGUAACCGUAGUAGAUUCGUACCUUCAAUAUUAUAUUCUAGUGUUGUACAAUAGUAUCUUCGUUGUUUUUUGGUGAUAAACACGUUUUGUUUUUCACGUUCUAACCGCCGCAGAUUUGGGCUGAUUUCGGGUAAACGGGUAAUGUAUAUAGUGUGACUAGGGACCAAUAAUUUUACUUUUAUUCGGCCUCAAUGGCCUUCAUCAACGGCUCAUCUUUGAAUGAUAACAUUAUGCUGGCUGGCGACAAUGUCACCAACGGCACUGGCACUUAUCCCAACGGGAGCGUCUUUACGAACACCUAUCCCAGCGGCUACACCUUGCCUCAGAUCGUCUUGGCCUCAAUACUGGUAACAAUCAUCAUGAUAGUUGUCGUAGUGGGCAAUAUGCUGGUCAUAAUUGCCAUUACUACGGAAAAAGCGCUCAAAAAUACUCAGAACUGGUUCAUUGCUUCCCUGGCGGUCGCGGAUUUUUUUCUGGGCUUAGUUAUUAUGCCCUUUUCGUUAGCUAACGAACUCAUGGGUUAUUGGAUUUUCGGUGCUUGGUGGUGUGAUGUGCAUUCAGCCAUGGACGUAUUGCUUUGUACUGCUUCCAUUAUGAACUUAUGUCUCAUUUCGUUGGAUCGGUAUUGGAGCAUCACGCAGGCUGUUGAAUACUUGAAGAAACGGACUCCAGGAAGAGCUGUCAUGAUGAUUGCUUUCGUUUGGGUUAUGUCAGCUAUCAUUUGCAUACCGCCUUUGCUCGGAUGGAAAGUGGAAAGACCUCUCGAGGAGCAAUAUCCUAAGUGCCAGUUAAGUGAAGAAGUGGGUUACGUUUUAUAUUCGGCGCUGGGCUCCUUCUACAUUCCAUCGUGCAUUAUGGUCUUCGUAUACAUUCGCAUCUAUUAUGCAGCGAAGGCGCGAGCUCGUCGCGGGAUCAAGAAGCCGCCGCGACGCCCGCCCAACCCACAGGACCAAGUAACCAGUUUUACGACAACCCCGGAAGUUUCGAAAAACGGAAAUGGCAAUGGCGUCGAAAUCAAUUCGCCCGUUGACAAGAACAGCAACACGUCGCCUAGGGAGGGAUCGCAACGUCAAAUUGCAACCAUCGAAUCCCAUCGACAGCCUUUGGUCAUACCGACAGUAACAUGUGAUCUCGCAUCCGAUAUUUCGACUAGCGACGCCAACGACAACCAAGAUGGAUGCGAAGAAAAGGAUACCUUAAAAGUCUACGCGACGGCUCAAGUAAUCCGAAAUCCAAUUGCCCAGUGCCAGUUCCGUGGAUCCACUCUUUCUGUGAACGGUGAGCUCCAGCGUCAAGCGGCAGCCAUGGCGAGAGCUCGCCAGCCAUCGAUGGGUAUCGAUACGGACAUGGUAAGCGAGUUCGAUCCUAGUAGUUCGGACUCGGGAGUUGUUUCACGGUGUGCUGUUGUCAAACCUCUCAAAAUGCGUUUCUGCCAGCCGAUCUUUGGUAGGCGUAUUAUUAAAGGACUCAAAUCGGAAUCGGAAGGUGGACACGUUAGUGACAAAGUUGAACAGUUGGUGCCGCGUGUUCAAAAACCUCGAGAUCCCGAACGUGAAAAGAGAAGAAUCGCGAGAAAGAAGGAGAAACGAGCAACACUAAUUUUAGGGUUAAUUAUGGGUUCGUUUAUUGCAUGCUGGUUACCGUUUUUCUUUCUCUAUAUACUACGUUUAGCUUACGAUAUACCACCGAUCGCGUUUUCGACAGCGUUCUGGCUCGGAUACAUGAACUCCGCACUGAAUCCAGCUAUCUAUACAAUUUUCAAUAAAGAUUUCCGAAGAGCAUUCAGACGAAUACUGUUCAAGUGAUGUUUAGCAUACGUGUGCUGCUACGAGUGCGUCAGUCGAAGAAUUCGGACUGCUCAGUUUCGUAGUGCACCCAGUGCUCUUUAUAGGAAGUAAAUUUUUAAAGACGUUGCUAGUGUCGACAAUCUCAUUCGCGUGCACUCAAAAUAUGUUACGACAGUGGAUAUGCAAUUUACAAACAAAUUUAUUAAAAAAAAGAACGUGUUGUAAAGUAACUUCUUUUAACCCUCAUAAUCCAGCAUACAUACUACUUGCGACUAAUUUGGAUACAAUUUUUGUUGGUGAAUACAAGAUUCUAAAAGCGACGUUUUAAUUGAAAGAAGAAACGAAACGUCUAAUAUUUUUAAACUUACAGAACAAUUAAUUCUACGUGUUUCAAAAGAAAAUGGCAGAUUGGCUCGUAGGACGUACAAAAUUAAAUUUCCUUCGGUCUCUUCUUCAUUCACAUUUCAAAGAAAGUAUUUUCGCAAUAGGCUGCGCUACGUUCUACAAAUUUUUUUGUUUCGAGCAAAAACAACACAAUAGAAUUGUCCUUUUUAUCUCGUAACAGUAUUGUUCAUGAGCUUUAGAUGUAAAAAAAAUAUUUCGUGCAAUCUUAUUACAAACAUCUAUUAUUAAUAUUUAAGUCGAAAUUAACGAGGAAUUUUCGAAUUUCAUACAUUACCAGCUUGUCACUUUUCAGUAAUAAAUAUUAAAAUAUUUUAUUCGAUCUCUAUCCGCUUAAUAUUUUGAGUGCAUAUGUAGAUGUUUUAUAUAAAUUUCCAAAUAAACUUCCAUUAUAAAGAUCGACUAAAUCUGUUGUGUCCACAGAAAAUGCUUCGAGUCUGUUGGAUGCUUAUUUUCAACGUGAAUUUCAUCGGACCAUAUAAGCACAUUAUAUCCAGCAGCUACACAAACAACACUAUGAAUAUCGUGAAUAAAAAGUAUGGUAUGGGAAAGCUGAUGAAGUUUUCUCGCGUUUUUAUCUACUUCAUAUAUAAAUAAAACAUUCUUUUUAUGAUAUUCAUGUUAAGAGUCAUUACGCAAUUUCUAAUGAUUUAAAUUUUGGUCUAAUACGGGAAAUGCCAGCUACUUGCAAUAAACACUUUUGAAAUUUAUUAUGUUAAACCAAACGCAUUAAAACUUUUCAAAAAUUGUAUAAAAAUAGCCCUAAUAAUUGUUUUGAACGAAUAAUCCCUUUUCAAGACUACUAAAUUAUACUCUGAGGAAGGACUAGUGGUCCAUCCUUGAAACAUUUUAAUGUGUUUCAUUUAAUUUAAUUUAAUUUUACUGUAAUUUACAUUUAUUAACAAAAUGUUGGUGUAAGCAUCUAGUAGUAGAGGUAGUUUAGAAUCUUGUGGGCUUUGUCCUUGGGCUGUGCAGUGAUAAAACCCUGUGUUUGUUGAUUUCUACUUUUCACUAAAGUCAUUGGCCGUCUAACCCUUACCUAACAAUUUAACACCUAUUUGGUAUCGUAAUUUCUACAAAAAAGAUUUCGCACAUUGUGAAGAACCAAAAUAUACUUUCUGAAAGCAAUGGAAGCAAAUUUUUAAGAUAAGCAGUCUUCUCUUAUUUUCUUACAUCAUUAGAUUCUAGAUAGGCUUAAAAAUUAAAAACAUAGUCUUCUUUUUUGUCUCUCAGGCCCCUCACUCUCGUUUUACUUACAAUUACGUAGUGAAUAUUAAAUCUCAUAGUUUGAUGAUUUAAAUUAGCUAGGAUAACGUAAUGGAUUAAAAUUUCUUAACCUAUAUUGACCUUUCUGUUGGAAAAAUAUUGAGUAGUUAUUUACGUUUUAUAAAGUAAAAGCGAAUUUCUGAGAAACUCGAUAUGUAAGUACACAUGUAUGUAUGUAAAGCGUAGACAAAUGUAUAAAGUGAAUCAAACGAAAAGAAGAGAGAAUUUAGAAGACAUUUCUCACAAAAAAUUCUGUCAUCGCAAUGAAAAGGUGUUUGUGUAGCUGCUAAAACAUUCGUAAUAAAAAUAAGAGAGAGUUUUUUGUUUGGAAAUGGUUCCGAUGAAUUGUCACAUUAUUUGUAACGUUUAAAGGAAUUUUGGAGCAAUGACUACCACUGUGAUAAAUGACGCUUUCAUUCUGAAUUUUAUCUUACACUGUUUUAUUUGUAAAAAGAUCCUACUGUAAAUGUUUUAAAUAUCUAAAUAAUAUUAAUGUUUAGGAUUCAUCCAUUUCGUAAAUGCUAGUUAAGUGUUCGUUAUAUGUGAAUAAAGAGGUUAAUAUACUACAAAAUUACAAUAUAACAUAGAUAGACACCAAUUUAUUACUUAACUUAACGUCAACGGCAGCUUUUGCUGUCUCUGUACAAAAUACUUCGCUCUCGACCAUUUGUGAUGCCUACAUUCGUUGAAAACUCACGUAAAGUACACACACAAAAAAAAAAAUUAAUUACAGCGAUAAUUCCGCUGAGACUCCUAUGAUGUAGUUUUUUAUCGUAUUACAGAAGAAAGUUUUAAUUUAAUUAAAGCCUCCUAUGGUGAACAUGAUGGGAGUGUAUGAGUUAUUCAUUUUAACUUUUCGGCUUCUCUGUUAUCACAAUUCAAGGGACCCUUAUUACUCAAAUUUUUAUCUCAGUUCCGCGUCAAGAAUAUGCGGAAAAUCAUGUCUAUAAUUUCAUUAGCCCUAAUUAAUGUUCUUAGAUUAUACAAAAUAGAAUUUGUGACGUCAACC